UCUGAUUCUUUGCCCUGCAUUGAAUCCAUUCCCAAGAUGUUCUCUUCAAGCUGUCUGUCUCCUCUCUUCUUCUUCUUCUUCUUCUUCUUCUUCUUCUUCUUCUUCUCCCUGUCGCCAAACCCGACAAUUGCUCCCUUCCAUUUCCCCAAAUCAACACAAUGCACAAGAAACGCGAAACCAAUCCUCACUUUUUCCCCGCCACACUCGACCCAGAGUCACCGGAGCCGCCGCGCGGACCUAUCGACCCUCCGCCACAACGACGCCGCCAAUACAGGCCUGCGACUGAUGUACCGCCACCGCAGAGGCCUACUGACGACCCUCCGCAGUCGCGGCGGCUCUUCAGAGUCCCAACUCCGGCGGCGCCUAGUGGUACCCCCGCGCCACCAUCGCCUCGCCAGAAUCCGGCAACGCAGCCGCCGACGCCGGAAUCCGUACAGGGGGAAUUCCGCCCCCAGCGUCUCUCCCAACAGAAGCCAAUCGACGGCCCUGCUCCGCCGCAGAGAAAGAAAAGACCUCCCAAACCCCUGCCCCUCUCGUCGCCUCCGGCGCGACGGCAAGAGCCCCACCCAUCAUCCCUGAGACUCCCGGCGGAGAGAUCCAAAACGAACCCGUUCGCGUGGCUGAUCGCCGCUUGCUGCACGGUGUUCUGGGUCGUGGUCAUCCUCGGACUCCUCGCAGUCCUCAUCGUCUACCUCGUAUUCCGGCCGAGGAGCCCGAAAUUCGACCUCUCAAGCGCCACCCUGAACGCCGCCUACCUGGACAUGGGCCACCUCCUCAACGGCGACCUCACCCUCCUCGCCAACUUCACCAACCCGAACAAGAAAGGCCGGGUCGAGUUCCGCUACGCCGCCGUGGAUCUCUACCACGAGCAGAGCCCCAUCGCGUCGACCUACGUCCGGCCGUUCUCCAUGAUGAACGGCGAGUACAAAUUCCGGGAGAUUCACAUGGUGAGCAGCCAGGUUGGGCUAUCGCCGGACCACAGUGAGAAGCUGAGGAAUCAGAUUCAGAGAGGGAGAGUGAGAUUUGAAGUGAAGGGUCUGUUCAGAGUGAAGUCGGAUUUGGGCGGGUUUCUUCAAUACUCUUAUUGGCUCAACAGCCACUGCACUUUCACCGUCACCGGCCCGCCCACCGGAGUCUUGAUCGCCAAACGGUGUAGUACUAAGCGUUGAGAGGGUAGUUUUGAUUGGAUAAUUUUAGAACUUCUUCCAUCUCAUACAAAAUUCUCACAUUAAACAAAAUUUCUCUUUUCCUGUGAUAAAGAAAUGAAAGUAGUAUAAACUUAUAGUUUAAGAGAAAUUUUACCUAAAUGGGACUAAAACACAAUGACUUUUCCAAUAUAAGACCAUAUGUUUU